AUGGCCACGGCCACGGCCUUUUCGUCCCAACAUGACGACGUCUUAUCGAGCCUGAGGUCACUGCGAGCCAUUGACCCUAUGUACGCACAGCUAUUCAAAUUGGGCGGUGAAUGGCAGAACAGAGACAGUGACGCGAUCAGUGUCAGUACCGGUGUCAGUGUAGCGAGCAGUGAAUGCUCUGGCGGGAUGGACAUGCCCUCGAUUGGCACCAGAGACGAAUCAGUUUCUACCGGCACAUCCAACUCUUCACUCGACCCGGAAAGACAACAACCAUCUCCCACCUCCUGCACCAUUCCCUCGCCAAUGAACAAAAGCGCUGGGGCCAGCUGGGUGGACCUCGAGGUUGACGACACGAUGCCCUCUUUCGAGCGGAGACACAACAGCAUGGUCGACACGGCCUCCCCAUCACACCUGUUGGUCAGGCGCGAAGACGUUAACGAUCUGAGGAGCCUGUCGCUCAACUCGAAGACGGGCCGCCCAAACCUGCCAGACCCGUUCACCGCAUUCUGCAGCACACCACCCGAGUUCUUCAACGGCAUCACGGUCCCAACACCACCCACCUACGAGAAGCGCCUUGCCGGCCCUCCUGACUUUCCCAAACGGCGCUCGUCCCUGAGACACACAUAUUAUCCCGUACCUCCCCAAUUGAACAUCUCUCCCCAGCGUCCAUACUCACCAGUAGCGACCCGGCCUUCAAUUGAAGCUGCAUCCCCAGACUCCACGCCAUCCCAGCUCCCGCCCCGACGGAAGGAGCAUGCGGCGACCCCAGAGGACGAAGACGAAGACAAGAUGAGUGCACUCUCAUCAGAGGUUGUCGUGGGUGUGGGCGCGAAUGCAGGCAGACGACGGAACUCUUACCUUGCAGAUAUCAUGAACCCGGAGAUAGCCUCGCCCCAUAUCAACCCCGGCAUAGAGAGUUGGUUGGAGUCGAGUCUUGUCACCUUCACCCAUGGUGUCCAAUCUGGAAGGGACGGCCUGGUAUCACCGCCGCUGCCGCUGCCGUCCCACGUCCUCGACACGCUCCAAGUAAUGGUGUCGUGCUUUCCCGAAACCAUGCUUCUGUGCUCCAGCCUCUCCAUCGAGACCAUCCGCAACCGCUCCAAGCGCCUCGGCCACCGAGCAGAGAACCUACGACCCAACUCCCGCGGGCUCUCUGCGCUCGAGCCAGACCAACCCAAGCAGUCAAAGUGGAACAUGAAGUGGAUGACCUCCAAGCAGCAUUGUCCUCCUUCGCCCUACCCAGCCAGACCCGGUUCCAAGUCGAGCAACGACUACUACCACCAAGAGCCACUCUCCGCGGGUGCGACUCCCUUCUGGCUCAACAGACCCGACUGGGUCGCCAUCAAGAACAUCUUCCCCUCGGGCACCGACUAUCUGUGCGACGCGCUGUACGCCCACCUGCUGGCCUACAACUACAUCACGCAGCUCUGCCCGCGCUCGGCCCUGAUCAACCCGAUGCUCUCAGCACCAUCAACCCCAGGCGGCGGCCGUCGCCCAGUAUCGCACUGCUCCACCGAGCCGAACAUGUACGGCCUCGCAACAACACCGCGUUCGUCCGAGUCUGACGGCACCAAGAUCCCGCGCAAGGCCGCGAGCCUGCUGGGCCUGCAGAACAACCCCGGCGACCCUAUGCCGGAACCUCCCUCUUCCGCUGGCAACCGAAUGAGCACCCUGCGUGGCAAGCGGUCCAUUCUCGCUAUGGGCGGGCUCUGGCGCACUGACAGCCGCAGCAGCGGUGGGUUUGGCAACGGUGGAGGAGGAAGACCCAUGACCUCGGCGGGACCACAGCGACCGGGCACGACGGAUCAUGGCGAGCACACCCUCAAGGAGAUACGGCUCGGCCUGGCGAAGUGCAUUGCAAGACUCGUCUCUACGCUGCGGCAGGCUGGCACGGAUGGAGGCGGUGAGAUGGCAGACAAGGGCGGGGUGAAGCCGGAGGAAGACCCUCUGUUCAUGCGGUCGCUGUGCGAGAUCGUGCGGUGCUGUGAGGAGCGGUAG